CUCGCAGCCACAACAGCUCUGAAAAUAAUUUCCAUAAAACGUUAAAUCUCUGUCAAUUCAUAUAUAUAUUUUUCUUUAUAAAUUUUGUAUGUAAUUAACUGUUUCUCCAAUAGAAUAGAAAAGACGCGAUGCCUUGCUCAGUGUCCAAUUUCGAGUCGGGCUCCAAUCGAUAUCGUCCCAAUGUGCGCAUUGGCAAUUGGUUCGAGGACAACUGCUUGGAGCUGGACAAAAUGGUCAGCUUUCGGAAGAUGCGGGAUCGUGGCGAGCUGCUGGUGGAGAAGGCGCGCACGCUCUUCGACAACUUUCAGAAGGAGGUGCAGUUGGCGGCGCCCAAGCACGACAUAACCAUCGGGGCGACCAUUCAGCUGAUGCCCAUCUAUAUGAACAUACAAGACAUGGACACGUCCGAGCUGCAGCCCGCUCUGUCGGUGGUCAUCAAUGAGUACGCCAUACGCUUCUGUCAGACCAUCAACGAGGACUGCGAGCUCACUGUCGCACCGUCGGAGCGGCCCUGCGUGCGCAACUCGUUUCGCAUUGUCAGCGGGGAUGACCAGGAUCGCUCGGGCGAGAAGCUGAAGUAUGGACAGCGCUUUAGACUGGAGUGCAUCGCCCCAUCGGACGAUCCCAUUCUGCUCUAUAGCGCGCCCAAGCGCAACAACCUCUCGCAGGCGAUCAACACGACCUUCAACUCGAGCAAGUACGGCGAAAUCAAUUUGCCCUUGGGUCUGGUGCAUCGCAGUAAAGUAUUGUGCCCCGAUGGCGACAUACCCUCGGCGUUUACCAACUGGUUCUGCAUGCAUGUGGAUCCAUGCAAACGCUUCGAGAGCGAGGGCGAAACUGUGCCCAGCAACGCACCGCUGGUCAUUGUCCAUAGCGCCACGAAUCGCAACCUGGCCGCAGAGAAUGUUGUGACUCAAACCCUUUUUGGUCCCGAGUUUCUGGUUUCUGUUCAGAAUUAUCGCAAUGUUUUCAAGCGCGAAAUUUGGAAGAACGUCUGGAUGAUUAGCAAUGGCCAUCACACACUUGCAAAACACGUAUAAAUUACUCGUGCUUUGCCUAAACCAAUAAACGCGGAAGGCCAUGGCAACAACAUUUAAUAUUAUUUAUCAAUUUCGCAAUAGGAACAGGGUUAUUCCAGGUUCCCGCUGUGAUAAGUUGGCUGAAUUGGACUCUGUUUUUAACAAUUUAUUAGAGCUGUCCCAAUAUGUU